UACUCUCUUUCGCUUUUGCGUUUUACUAAACUUGAGUUGGGGUGUCUGAUCACGUUAUUUGUUGAACCUUUGAACUUCCAAGCGGGAAAACCCCGAUUCACAAAACCCCACGCUAUCAUCAGUCCAAAUGCAGGGACCUCACUUGGUUGCAAGAGGGUCUGUUAGUGUGACAUUUCAAACGUCAAAAGCUAUUUCAGUAACGAAAAUCUUGAUCUGUGCGCCCCAAACUUGACCUUAUUUUUAAGGCCAUUUAGCUCAAGCGGUUAAAAUUAGGAAGUUUUAACGAAAAUGUUAUGGUACUGUUCACUUUAAUGAAAAACCACAUUUUUACACUAAAAAGUCAAACUUGGUACUAUUCAUUUUACACUUUAUUUUGGUCUUAUUGUUAAAACUUAAAGUUUUCAAAUCCUUUUCAUUAGUUUUUCUUUAAAAUUUAGUCUCGUUACUUAAUACAUUAGGUCACAGGCUAGGCCAGAGAAUUCAUGAUGAAAGAAAAACAUGAAAAUCAAAGUGAGCAGAGAGGAGGAAGACAAACAUAAAGAUUUAAGACUUGUUUGCAAGUGUUUUUAAAUUGACGGAGAGUGCAUUUAAAGAAAUGUUUGUGGGUUCCAAAAAAACUUGAAGUGCUUCUAAAAGCAUGUGUAAACAAGCUUUUAAACUAUGAAUCUUCUCAAGAUCUUUAUGUCUGAAUUCUUAUAAUUUGGUUCAUUACUAACCACUCCAUGAUAAAGACUGAUUAACCCUAUCUCCUUUAUAUUUAUAUUAUAACUCUUCUUAUUUCUCAGUGUUUUAGGUACUAAUCCCACUUUAUAAUGUCAUCCAUUCCUUUGUCCAAUCACAAAUUAGUAUAUUCUAUCCCUCUUCUCACCAACAAAUUUCAUCUUUCCAGAGCUUCUUCUAAGAAUUUGAUUCGUUUUCGACAUCGAAUCAGACUCACAUUGAGCUGAAUUCAUACCAGUACUGGUUGCUUGGGUGAGAAGUAAGUUAAUAAAUUAUUAUGCUCCGAUGAGUGACAAAAUUGGAGGUGUUGCAGCGCAGAUUGUGGCAAUGGCGAUCUUCAUGUCAGUAAUAUUGUUGUUUUUGGGAAUCGGAUUCUUGAUCUUAGUCCAUGUGUGGAUCGUUGGGAGGGCUUUCAGAAGAGGAGGACUUGGCGGCAAUGCCUUAACGGCAGCUGCCAUCGCCGCCGGCAGAACUGCCACCAGUGGAGCCGCCACAACGUGCAUGUCGAAAGACGAAGUGGAGAAGCUUCCAAGCUAUGAUUACGAAGCUAAUUACAAAAGUAGCCCUGUGGAUUGUGCAGUGUGCUUGGACAACUUCAAGAUGGGCGAGAAGUGCAGGCUGUUGCCCUUGUGCGGGCACAGCUUCCAUGCCCAUUGCGUUGAUGCGUGGCUUUUGAGGACACCGAUUUGUCCGAUAUGCCGGGCCCGAACUGGCACUGCUGCUGGUUUGGCCGGGAAGGGAGUGCCGGUUGCCGAUGCCGGCGUUGAAUUAACGGAGAGUCAAACAAGUGGAAGCGGGCAUUUGAGUGAUGCUAGAGUUGACUUGGGGGCGAGGCAGGCAAUAGAAAGUGGGCACUCGUCACCUGAGUGAUGGUAUCGUAAAGCAAUGAGUUUUGAGAAAUAAGCGAAAGGAAAGUGUAAUUCACACACUUAUUUAUACCUCUCACACAUUUUUAUUUAUUUUUUGUCAUUAAUUUUCUUCAAUUCAUUUGAUUUGAAGUCCAAAAAUUAAGAAGGAGUGUGUGAAAGUACAAAUGAGUGUGUGGAUAGCAUUAUAACCAAAACUUGGCGAUUUGAGACCAAAUGAGUUUAGGUUGAGAAUCUGUAUAAGAUAAUUUACAUGUAACAUACCAAUAUAUAGUUUUGAAAGUUUAACAGUUAGCGUACAUUUUAAGUACCUCAAAUUUAUCUGCCAAAGUC